AUGGACAUUAUAACGUCGUACCUAACCCAAGAGUCCAAUGUUGUCAUUUGUGUCUAUUACAGAUUAGCUCUUCGCCAUUUCACAUUGAACCAUGCUGCAUCACAUGCUGAGGACAAACAGACAUUGAAUCAUGCUGCAUCACAUGUUGAGGACAAACAGACAUUGAAUCAUGCUGCAUCACAUGCUGAGGACAAACAUACAUUGAAUCAUGCUGCAUCACAUGUUGAGGACAAACAGACAUUGAACCAUGCUGCAUCACAUGCUGAGGACAAACAUACAUUGAAUCAUGCUGCAUCACAUGCUGAGGACAAACAGACAUUGAAUCAUGCUGCAUCACAUGUUGAGGACAAACAGACAUUGAACCAUGCUGCAUCACAUGCUGAGGCCAAACAUACAUUGAACCAUGCUGCAUCACAUGCUGAGGACAAACAGACAUUGAAUCAUGCUGCAUCACAUGUUGAGGACAAACAGACAUUGAAUCAUGCUGCAUCACAUGUUGAGGACAAACAGACAUUGAACCAUGCUGCAUCACAUGUUGAGGACAAACAGACAUUGAACCAUGCUGCAUCACAUGUUGAGGACAAACAGACAUUGAACCAUGCUGCAUCACAUGUUGAGGACAAAAAUACAUUGAAUCAUGUGGCAUUACGUGCUGAGGACAAACAGACACUGAAACAUGUGGCAUCACGUGCUGAGGACAAACAGACAUUGAACCAUGCUGCAUCACAUGUUGAGGACAAACAGACAUUGAACCAUGCUGCAUCACAUGUUGAGGACAAACAGACAUUGAACCAUGCUGCAUCACAUGUUGAGGACAAACAGACAUUGAACCAUGCUGCAUCACAUGUUGAGGACAAAAAUACAUUGAAUCAUGUGGCAUUACGUGCUGAGGACAAACAGGCACUGAAACAUGUGGCAUCACGUGCUGAGGACAAACAGACAUUGAACCAUGCUGCAUCACAUGUUGAGGACAAACAGACAUUGAACCAUGCUGCAUCACAUGUUGAGGACAAACAGACAUUGAACCAUGCUGCAUCACAUGUUGAGGGCAAACAGACAUUGAACCAUGCUGCAUCACAUGUUGAGGACAAACAGACAUUGAAUCAUGCUGCAUCACAUGUUGAGGACAAACAGACAUUGAACCAUGCUGCAUCACAUGUUGAGGACAAACAGACAUUGAACCAUGCUGCAUCACAUGUUGAGGACAAACAUACAUUGAACCAUGUGGCAUCACGUGCUGAGGACAAACAGACAUUGAACCAUACUGCAUCACAUGUUGAGGACAAACAGACAUUGAACCAUGCUGCAUCACAUGUUGAGGACAAACAGACAUUGAACCAUGCUGCAUCACAUGUUGAGGACAAACAGACAUUGAACCAUGCUGCAUCACAUGCUGAGGACAAACAUACAUUGAACCAUGUGGCAUCACGUGCUGAGGACAAACAGACAUUGAAUCAUGCUGCAUCACAUGCUGAGGACAAACAAGGUUAA